AAUUUAUGUCAGCCUUCCGCCACGGCCGCCAUUGGAGUUUCCCGCUGUUGUUGCAGCCAUGGCUCUGCGCUACCCCAUGGCCGUGGGUCUCAACAAGGGCCACAAGGUGACCAAGAACGUGAGCAAACCGAGGCACAGCCGCCGUCGCGGGCGCCUAACCAAACACACAAAGUUCGUGCGGGACAUGAUCCGAGAAGUGUGUGGCUUUGCCCCGUAUGAGCGGCGUGCCAUGGAGCUGCUCAAGGUCUCCAAGGACAAACGGGCCCUCAAGUUCAUCAAGAAAAGAGUGGGGACACACAUCCGUGCUAAAAGGAAGCGGGAGGAGCUGAGCAACAUCCUGGCCGCCAUGAGGAAAGCAGCUGCCAAGAAGGACUGAAACCCCCUUCCCUCU